CAGUUCUGGAUACUGGGAAGUCCAAGAUCAAGGUGCCAGGGUAUCUAUGAAGACCUUCUUCCUGGUUUUCAGACAGUUGUCUUGCGUGCCCUCACAUGAUGGAAAGAGAGAGCUCUCUGGGUCCUUUUUGAUAAGGCACCAAUCCUAUUAGUGGGGGCUUUACCUCAAUGACCUAAUGAUCUCCCAAAGAACCCACUUCCUAUCACUAUCACAUUGGGGGUUAGAAUUUCAAUAUGUAAACUGUAAAGGGACACAAACAUUCAGUCCAUAACACAGUGAAAUCUGGUACUUUUGAGGUAAACUUGUGUCUAAAACAUACCUUUGAAUGGACUACUGGUCCUAUUAGCCUUUUACUCAUAACCAUCCUGUGAUUACAUUUGUAAAUUCUUUGGCAUGCUCUUGAGCAGGCUCCCUUUCUUCUGUGACUCAGAGCUUGGAGAGUUCCAACCAAACUCAAAGUCAGGAACAGGGGGUGUGGACUUCUGAGCUAUGCCAGUCAGCAGCUAGAAUGUUGUUGGCAGUCUCCUCCCCUUCCUGCACUUCAGCUCUACACAGUGUGCAUUCUGGAAUGACAGGCAUUUCUGUGUGAAGAGAGCCAGUGUGAAGACAGUUUUGUAAGAACUACGAGUGCCCAGGCUGUAUGGGAAACAGAAACCUCAGCAGAUGAACUGACUUCAUGCCCUCUCCUGAUGUUUGGCAGUGACACUGAGAGAGGAUCACAUGUCCCCUCUUUAUGUGGAUUUAUCUUUUAAGAAAAGUUUGCUUUUGUCCGGGACAGUUUGUUGUCGUGAGAUACAUCAGACAAUAUAAUCAUGGGGCAAGCUGAUGUCUCCAGACCGGUAAAUCCAGAUGCAGUUGAGGAAGCAGACCAGCCUGCUACAGAGCCAGGCAUGGUCAUGGACAGUGUGGAAGCAGGAGAUACAACACCUCCUACCAAAAGGAAGAGCAAGUUCUCAGGCUUUGGCAAGAUCUUCAAACCCUGGAAAUGGAGGAAAAAAAAAAGUAGUGAUAAAUUUAAAGAGACUUCAGAAGUUUUAGAACGGAAAAUAUCUAUGCGAAAACCAAGAGAAGAGCUGGUUAAAAGAGGGGUUCUGUUGGAAGACCCUGAGCAAGGUGAUGAGGAUCCAGGAAAGCCAAGCCAUGCCAUGUUAAAGAAUGGCCAUACCAACCCCAUAGGGAGUGCCAGAUCAUCUAGUCCAGUCCAAGUAGAGGAAGAGCCAGUAAGAUUAACAAGUCUUAGGAAACCUAUUCCAGAAGAGGAAUUAAAGAAACGACUAGGCUCAACUGGAAGCCAGCCUAAUUCUGAAGCAGAGUCUAUUCCUGAGAAUGUAGCCAAACAGCCUUUACUUCCUCCCAAAAGACCCUUGUCCGCUUCUCAUGAAGCAAAUGAAGGGCAAGCAAAGGAUUCCACUUCCUCUGGCAGCACGGCAAGGUUCAUCAUCUCUACUUCCAUCACCACAGCACCCGCUGCCACCACUGCUGCCACAAGCCUUGCAAAGACUGUUAAUCUGUCUGCCACGCCUUCCCCAGCACCAAGGACUCUGCCUGCUGCUCCUGCCAGCACUAACACUACUGCUACCCCAAGCCUCACUCAUACGAUCCCUGCCAAGCAGCCCCCUAUCCCUCCCCCUAAACCAGCUCACAGAAAUAGCAACCCUGUCAUUGCUGAACUGUCCCAAGCAAUAAACAGUGGUACGUUGUUAUCAAAACCGUCCCCACCAUUACCACCCAAGAGAGGCAUUCCAUCCACCUCAGCACCCACCUUGGAGUCUGCUGCAGCCAUCACCACCAAAACACCAAGUGAUCAAAGAGAGAAAAGCAUGUGUUCUGUGGGCUCUGAACUGCUGCCAGUGAUCCCACCCUGCUCUCCGUCCCCACCAUUGCCUACUCAUAUACCUCCAGAGCCUCCAUGCUCCCCUCCAUUCCCUGCUGCGACUUUUCAAGUUGUACCAGAAACUGAGUUUCCACCAUCUUUAGAUCUACCCCAGGAGAUUCUCCAGCAGGAAGAUCAGAGAAAGGAAGUCCCCAAGAGGAUAUUGGACCAGAACUUUGGGGAGCCCCAUAUACCCUCCAGGCUGCCUCCACUCCCACUGCAUAUUCGAAUCCAGCAGGCCCUCACUAGCCCACUUCCCAUGACUCCUCCUCUGGAGGGCUCUCACAGAGCUCAUUCGUUGCUCUUUGAAAACAGUGACAGCUUUUCUGAGGACAGCAGUACACUGGGUCGGACCAGGUCUCUUCCCAUCACUAUUGAAAUGCUGAAAGUUCCAGACGAUGAAGAGGAGGAGCAAAUCUGUCCAACCACAUUCAGUGAAGACAUGACAUCUACCUCAGUCAUUCCUAAACUACCACGGUGUCUACAGGAGGAAGAAGAGAAAGAGAGUGACUCUGAUUCAGAAGGUCCCAUUCAGUACCGAGAUGAAGAGGAUGAAGAUGAAAGUCAUCAGAGUGCUCUGGCCAACAAAGUGAAGAGGAAAGACACACUGGCAAUGAAGUUGAACCACAGACCCAGUGAACCAGAGUUGAACCUGAAUUCUUGGCCUUGUAAAAGCAAGGAAGAGUGGAAUGAAAUACGGCACCAGAUUGGAAACACACUGAUCCGGCGACUGAGUCAAAGACCAACACCAGAAGAACUAGAACAACGCAAUAUAUUGCAACCUAAAAAUGAAGCUGAUCGUCAGGCAGAAAAACGAGAGAUUAAACGUCGGCUCACUAGAAAGCUCAGUCAAAGGCCAACUGUGGCUGAACUCCUUGCCAGGAAGAUUCUGAGGUUUAAUGAAUAUGUAGAGGUAACAGAUGCUCAAGAUUAUGACCGGCGAGCCGACAAACCUUGGACCAAACUGACCCCUGCUGAUAAGGCUGCCAUAAGAAAAGAAUUAAAUGAAUUUAAAAGCUCUGAGAUGGAGGUUCAUGAAGAAAGCAAACAUUUUACACGGGUGGCCAGAGGAAAAUGAACCAGGACAGCAUACAGAAGAUCAAUUGAAGAAGAAAGAAAACUAUGGCAAAAAUAUUGUUACAGAAGCCAAGAGUUUCAAGAAAGAAGGAAGCAGUUGAGGAGUAUCAGAUGCAACAGAAAGGUCAGCUAGAAUUCGAGCAGAAGAGAGAGGCAGUAUUAAUUAGGAUAUAACAUUUCAUUACUACUGGUAUAUUAAUAGCAAGCAAUGUACAUCAUGU